AGUUCUUUGUCUCUCUCUUUCUCGUCCGAUGCACUCACAGUCUCUCUGAUAGACGAUUCAGUCGCAUUUUGUAAGAUGUCAAGCUCUCAGUGCUUUGAGAACCCACCGAGCCUUAGCCCAACCUCUGGAGCAGGGAACGUCCAAGACCUUGGAGGCCUUCAAACCUAUCUCGCUGGCCCUCCCCACUCUAAGCUCGCCAUUCUUCUCAUUUCCGAUGUCUUUGGGUAUGAAGCACCGAAUUUAAGGAAACUUGCAGACAAAGUCGCAGCAGCAGGAUUUUUUGUGGCAGUUCCUGAUUUUUUCUUCGGUGACCCCAUUAUUAGGUUUGAUGACCCUCAGUUUGAUCGAGAAUCAUGGGGAAAAGCUCACAACACAGAUAAAGGAUAUGAAGAUGCCAAAGCCAUUAUUGCAGCUCUGAAGAGUAAAGGUGCUUCUGCCAUAGGGGCUGCGGGUUUUUGCUGGGGAGGGAAGGUAGCAGUAAAAUUAGCGAGUUCUACGGACAUCAAGGCUGCAGUUCUGUUGCAUCCCAGUCGGGUCACAGAAGAUGACAUCAAUGAUGUGAAGGUUCCUAUUGCCAUAUUGGGAGCUGAAAAGGACCAUGUUUCCCCACCGGAACAAAUGAAACAGUUUGGGGAGAAGUUGUCUGUAAAAUCUGAGUUCGAUAGCUUGGUAAAAAUAUUCCCUGGUGUGGCUCAUGGAUGGACAGUGAGGUACAAAGUUGAGGAUGAGUUGGCUGUCAGGAGUGCUGAAGAGGCCCAUUUGGACAUGCUAAAUUGGCUUACCAAGUGUGUCAAGUGAAAAUUAUUUGCAUACAGAAGAAGACAAGUCUGAGAUUAGGGAAUCACUUUUGUAAGGCAAUGUGAUUGGGAAGACUGUAUGCAGAAAUUAGCAUCCUUGUUGAAUAAAUUUGAUGAUUACUACAUAA